CAUUGAAUAAAGUUUUUUUUUCCUUUUUGUUUUGGGCAACCCAAAGGAAAGGCUAAGUCUAGCUGGGUUCCAAUUGCAGAAUGAGCAAGGUCGACUAUCGCUUGUAUUUGUGCAGCAACUGCUGUCGGCGCUGUCUGUGGAGCGAGCUGUCCGCGCAGGAGCAUCGCUGCACGCGCUGUCGCCUGCCGUUCCAUGCCUGCGCGAUCUGUGAUCGCAGGUUCGAGCCGCGUGAUCGCACCGAGCUCUACUGCAAGCGCUGCGAUUUUCAUUUGGUUAAGCACGUCUCGGCCACGCCGCCGCCAGUGCUGGACCUGGAGCUGGAUUCGGAUAUGGAGCCGGAGCUGUUCGGGCCGCCGCGCGAUCGCUCGAUGGCGCAGCGUUGGAAGGACAUCAAGUCUGCAGCCGGCAUUGUAGAGGAUGGCUACUUCCUCGACUGAAUUGUUAACUGUAAACUGCAAACUGCUUUACAAAUAUAGCGUCGCUGUCAUCACAAGACGCAGCUGAAUCUCUGCUCCAUUUGGCAACUUACA